AUGGCCAAGAGGCCAUCUUUCUUCGCUUCGCUAUGGUUGAGCACUCUCUUAUACACCACCGCCACAUUGGCGUAUAAUCUUCCCACCAACAUUUCCAAUUUCAUUCCCAGCUGCGCAGAGGAGUGCUUCAUUUCUUUUCUCUAUGUUAGCUACCGGUCUACCACGUGUGGGACAUAUCCCACGUUAGAAUGCCUAUGUUCUCGCGUCGGCGCCACGGGAUUCACCCUCGGGGAGGGUGCGCUGCAGUGUAUUGUGGCAGAGAAGUCGAUUGGAUUCUGUUCGGACAUCGACGCAAGUGACACGGUGAUUUACAAUGCGUAUGGGAUGUGUGAUGACCAGCCCAACGCCAUUCAGCCUACUCACAAGACUAUCACGGCGACCCUCGUUAUACCGACGUCCGGAGGAAUCAUCACAUUCCCCCCUGUGAAGACAACCACGUUCACCACGUUCACCACCGUCACCACGUCCGUCGCAUUCACUGCAUCCGCCACCAUCUCGUCCUUUACUACGUUGCCGACGACCUUGGUUAUAGAAACAUCGUCCCCGCCUCCGAUUCCAACUCGAACAUCAUCGACGUCAAGAACGACUUUCACAAGACCUACCUCAACCACAUCCUUCUCCUCAACAAGUCUGAGCCCGGAUACAGUGAUUAGCCUGGAGCCAACAACCAUUGAGGAGUCCUCAACAGCUACCGACUCAGCGACAGAGACCAGCACAAGCACGGCUGCGGCAGCUGGAGGUGGCAAAGGUGAUGGCAACAAGGGCAAUUCUCUCAGCCGUGAUCAGGUUGCUGGUAUUUCCGUGGGCGUUCUCGCGGCCGCUGGCCUUGCGAUUGGUGCCAUUGUCCUGGCGAGACACUACCGCCGCAGAAAGUAUCCCAACCUCAAGAACGGUUUCCUCCCCAUGAGAGAUACUUGGGGCUACAAACCCGAUCGUUCGGAAAGCGAUAGGACCAACUCCUGGAUCGCUCAUCAGAUCCGGCCACGGCUGGAUUCGUUCCCACCACCGCCCGUACCAUCCUACACCCGCCCAACGCCAUCCUAUAAUCGAUCGAGCUAUAAACCCGAAGCAAUCGGCUUGGCAAUAUCGCCUGCUCACAGUCGAGUUACAACCCAAACCGCGACCUCGAGGCGAAUGUCCCGGUUGCUCCCGGCUAAACCUGUCCUUCCCAUCCUGCCCCUCAAUAUUUCAAAGAAGGGUUCCUCUCCGCCACCCCCGGAUGAAUGGCCUGGCCCUCAACACUACGGAGAGCCAUCGCGCCAGGAGAACCCUCCUCGACUGCCUCCCCUGGAAAUUGGUCCCUGGGCCUCCGUAGCCUCGCCCACAGGAUCCAAGCCACCGCCGCGACCGCCUCCUAAGCUACAAAUCCCAACAGCGUCAAACCAGCUCACGGCAUCGCCCUCGUCGUACUAUCCACGUGAGAGCACAUUGACCGAGUUCGAGGACGACGACCGGGCUUCAAUGUCACCUUCUGCCCAGGUCUGGAGGCCACCGCCGACAACACCGCUCUCGGCGGCAACCUACUAUGUGGCCGAUCAGUACGGGAAUUGGGUUCUUGGUGACCCUAGGAAUGUUAACAAGGCCAUGGAUUCACAGAGUGCUGUCCCGAAGCCACCUCCCAAGGACGACGCCAAUCUUCCGCCUGCUGGUGACUCGAAGGGCAAGAAGCGAGAAAGCCUCCUCCCACUCUCAGCCGACUCCAUGAAGGUAUCUCUCGCACCUCCUGCAGAGAUUGUCCCAGGGAGGGGGCAAGCUAGCAACGCACUACACAAGCCCAUGGGCCCUCGAGCACAGCCGCAUCCCAACCCUCCCUUCUCGGGCCAGUCCAACCCUUCGUUUCAGGUCCAGCCAAACCCGCGCCGCAACUCCUCCAACCGCCGCUCACUCACCCGGAACCUGACCCGGGCCCGGGCCUCCGGUGGCAGUGAUGUCACUACCAUCUCCACGUCGUCCGAUGACUCCUUCACCGACCCGCCGCCAGCGCUCGAGCCGCCAGGCAACCUUUCACCCGUUGCCGAAUCACCGCACUCGGGCAGUGGCCGCUCCCCGGUGACGUAUCCCAAGAUUCCCAACCGAGACCCUAGGCGGAUCAGCGGAGCCAUGAGACAGGGCUGGGAUGCAAACAAGACAACCGCACCUCCGCCCUCAAGGCCAAUGGUGUACUACCCACCGGGACAGCCCAGUCCGACACUCGGCCUGAUGCAACCUCCCUCUGGCGCCGGAGCGGCGUCCCAAUUAGCCUCCAAAGGCGGGAGAAAGCCCGUGGCUGACCCGGCCUUACACCGAUCAGGCUCUCCAACGAUGCGAAUAGUUGAGCCCUCUCCCGAGCCAGAGGAGAAAGGCCCCGUCCCUCCACCCAAGCCCCGGGCACCUGCUUUCCUCUUCUCCCCGCCAUACCCCCAACCCCUGAAUACCCGUCCGCCUUCUCAACAUGGCCGCUCCUUCUCUGGCCCUGACCAAGCAGCCACUCAGGCUUACCAACAGUCCCUAGAGCAACAGCCUCAAUACCAAUAUCAGCAACAGCAACUGUAUCAAUACCAACAGCAAUAUCAGCCGCAGCAACAACAGCAGCAAUCACGGCCACGACCGCAACGCCAAUAUCCCCAGCAGCCGCAACAGCCUCAACAGCAGCAGCAACAGCAACAAAGACAACCACAGCGACAAUAUCAAGCAUAUCAACCGUAUCAGCAGCAACCGCAACCGCAACCGCAGCCGCAGCCGCAGCCGCAGCCGCAGCCGCAGCCGCAACCACAACCACAACCACAACCACAACCACAACCUCAAACACAGGAUCAUCAUGACCAUCAUCACCAGUGGCACCCUCUACAUCCUCCCAGAAAGCCCAACCCAGACUACGACCCGUCCCGAUCCUCAGACCAAUCCAUUUCCACAAACUCAUCCCUGUUGGCCAAGCGCCUUGGAAUCGACCGUGCUGCCAACAUGGCCAUCCCCACGGAUCCUGCUCGGGCAAAGUGGCGCCGUGAAAAUAGCAGCUCCCAAGAGGAAUCUGCGUCCGGACGUGACUCUCUGCCCGCAACCCCGACUUGGCUGCCGCGGUUGACGCCUACACGACGAGGAAAAGACCUAUUUUUAAAUGUGCAAUAA